AUGUCUUCUUCCAAAUUGUUCCUGAAAUUGGUACCCAGCCUGUGGUGUUCAAAGUGGAGGAUAACAGAAUCUGCAAGACAGCAGUUGUGGCAUCAUGGUCCAAGCUCUGCCCCUUUGGAUGCAUUUGAAAUCCUCGUUGAAAACUAUGAAUUCAAUGAAAAUAAAGAGUUUUGCCUUGCAUUUGGAAGAGCAGCUUCUGUGCUGAAGGGUCUUCCAUUCACUGUAGUUCGAGUGAAUGACAUUGAAGGGCUGCCCUGGAUGGGAGAACGGGUCAAAGAAAUAAUCGAGGAUAUAUUAGAAGAAGGGGAGAGUUCUAAAGUGAAAGCAGUGCAAAACAAUGAAAACUACAGAUCAAUUAAACUUUUUACUUCUGUUUUUGGAGUUGGACUGAAGACAUCUGACAAAUGGUACAGAAUGGGACUGCGAACUCUGGAAGAAGUAAAAUGUAACAAAAACCUGACACUAACAAGAAUGCAAAAAGCAGGGUUCCUGUACUAUGACGACCUUAUUAGCUCUGUAUCUAAAGCUGAAGCAGAUGCGGCAACUUGGAUCGUUCAAGAUACAGUGUGGAAAAUUUUACCUAAUGCUAUUGUAACAUUAACUGGUAGCUUCCGAAGGGGGAAGCAGACUGGACAUGAUGUAGACUUUCUGAUUACUGUUCCAGGAUCAAGGCAGGAAGAGGAACUGUUACACACAGUGAUUGAUAUCUGGAAGAAACAGGAAUUGCUCUUAUAUUAUGAUCUUAUUGAAUCAACAUUUGAAAAUACGAAGCUGCCAAGCAGAAAAGUCGAUGCUUUAGACCAUUUUCAGAAGUGCUUUGCAAUUUUAAAAGUCCAUAAGGAAGGAGUGAACAAAGGAAGUGCUGUCAGAUCAAAGGUUUUCGCUGAAGAAGAAACAAAAGACUGGAAAGCAAUUCGUGUGGAUCUGGUUGUUACCCCUUUCGAACACUAUGCAUUUGCUCUCUUAGGAUGGACUGGAUCUAGGCAAUUUGAACGUGAUCUGCGGAGAUAUGCUACCCAUGAGCGGAAAAUGAUGUUGGAUAAUCAUGCCUUAUAUGAUAAAACGAAGAAAAUUUUUCUGAGUGCUGCAAAUGAGGAAGAAAUAUUUUCACACCUGGGCUUGGAUUACCUUGAACCCUGGGAAAGAAAUGCCUAAAGAAAUUUUUAAUAAGGACUUGCUUAUGGAUCUGUCACAGGGGCAUCAUCAGGGAAAGUCAAUCAAGAUGGCAUCUACAACCACAUUAUCAACCCUGCAACCAUUCAAAACUAACUUUGUUGCACAUGUUGAUGUCACAUGCGUGGACAAAGGGGCAUGUUAACCACAGGGUCCUGGCUAUCCUCUUGACGUCUUUGACUCUUCUGCAAACAUGGCUGUUGCCAAUUGCUUUCACUCUUCCCCCCACUCCUCCUUCAUGGACAUUCAUGCCCAAGGUGGAAACAUAGUUUGGCAGAAUAAAAAAUAUAGUGGACAAAAAUUCAAGAUCAUGCCUGCAACCAUGCAAUUGAAGUUCUAGCACUUUGCAUGCAU